AUGUCUUCGUCUGAGAGUGGACUAUCUGGUACUGUCGACCCCAUGGCCAUUGUUUCGGAUGACGAGAUCGUCCCAGAGCCAGAGAUUUAUACCUCCGACACUGAGAGUGACCUGGAGAUGAUGUCAGAUGACGAUGACGAUUUCCAGCCUUUUGCAUUACCCGACUUUGGCGACGAUGUACCGCAUGCUGAUGGUUUACCCGACGAGGAUCCCUUUCUUAUUCCUAUUCCUGACCAGGACCAUCUCAUCCUCGGACAUCCCGAUGGUGAGCACGUCGUGGUUCCGAUCCUCGCCCCUUUGCCUCUUGCUGCCUUUCCUCUCGAGGAUUUGCCUUUUGAUGACUUGUCUGAUGAUGAUGUCGAUCAUUUCAUUGAUGAUUCUUUCGAGUCUGAGUCAUCCACCACUUUGCAUGCAUUGGGAUUGCAGCGUUACCCCACUGAUUCUGAUACUGACACGGCCCUGUCUGUCGCACCUGUUCCUCCACACGACUUUGAUCAUGACGUUGAGCCUGGACAUGAGAUUGACUUUGUUCCCGACGAUCAGCCUAUUGAUGCACCCGCUGAUCCCGAGCAUGUACCUGCUCCUGAGCCUAUACUUGCUCCUGAGCCGAUACCAGCACCCGAGCCUUUGCCUAAUUUUGAUCUUGUACCAUUUAGCAUACCUGAUGUUGCACCACUUAUACCAGACCCGAUCCCUACACCCGCUGACCCUGCUGCUUUUGCUGACUGGAUAGAUCCCCGUUACGCUUCCACCAGCAAUGGGUGGAUAGGGGAUGAUGAUGAUAUGCCCACUUUUGUUGAGCCAGUUACUCCCCCUCAUACACAUGCACCUAGUGAUGUUGCCCCAUUUCACCCGAUUGUGUCUGAUGUACACCGUACCGACCUGCCUAUCACAUUCUUGCAGGACAUUCCUCCACCCCGUCCAGGGGAAGGCCCGUCUAGCCAGCAGUCUGGCCAUGUUCCACACGUGUCAGCAGCUUUUCCUCACAUGCCUCAGUAUACACCUACUGCUCAUUUUACUUCUGCACCGCCAGGCGAGCCACUCAUAUGGUUUCCGUCGAACACUAUGCCAAUUUCUAAUUGA